AUGCUCGACUUUUUGAAAGAUGUCGGCCGGUUUGCUAGGGUUAGCUCUAUGAUGGCGAAGGAGAGUGUGAAGAAGAGGUUAGAAUCAGAGCAAGGUAUGAGCUACACAGAGUUCACUUACCAGUUACUGCAAGGAUAUGAUUUUGUUCACCUGUUCAAGAACGAAGGGGUCAAUGUUCAGAUAGGUGGGAGUGAUCAGUGGGGGAAUAUAACAGCUGGAACAGAGUUGAUCCGGAAGAUUCUCCAAACGGAAGAAGCGGCUUAUGGACUAACGUUUCCUCUCUUAUUGAAAAACGAUGGGACUAAGUUUGGAAAAUCUGAAGAUGGAGCAAUCUGGUUAGCUUCUUCGAUGUUAUCUCCUUAUAAGUUCUAUCAGUACUUCUUCUCUGUUCCAGACGUUGAUGUGAUACGCUUCUUGAAGAGUCUGACUUUUCUGAGCUUGGAUGAGAUCAAGAUCUUGGAAGAUCAGAUGGGGAAGCAAGGGUACGUUCCUAACACCGCGCAGAUGAAACUUGCUGAGGAAGUAACACGGUUUGUACAUGGAGAGGAAGGUUUGAAGGAAGCUGUUAAAGCAACAGAAGCUUUAAGACCAGGAGCUGAGAUGAAACUUGAUUGGAACUUGAUUGAGAGAAUUGCAGAGGAUAUACCUUCUUGCUUACUGCCUAUUGAUCGAGUCUUGAGGUUUUCGAUUGUGGAUGUAUCGGUUUCUGCUGGUUUGUUUGAGAGCAAAUCUGCUGCGAGGAGGAUGUUGAAGCAAGGUGGGUUUUAUAUGAACAAUGAGAGAGUUGAUGAUGAGAAUAAGAGAGUUGGAGAUGAAGAUAUUGUUGAAGGGAAAGGUCUUGUUCUCUCUUCAGGCAAGAAGAACAAAGUGGUCAUUAGAAUUUCCUGA